AGAGAGAGAGAGGAGGAGGGAGAAGGCAACGGGAAGGGGCAGUGUUGCUGUGUCGGGGCGCGUGGUGGGAUUGACGGCAAAGCGCAGCGAGCAGCCUCUCCCCCCUCCCCCCUAGAGAGAGAAGGGGAUGGGAGAAAUUACGCUUACGCGUCGCCCAGCACGAGCCCACCCCCCUCGCGCUCCUCCUCCCUUCCCUCCUCACCCGCGUCAUCCCCCCUUCCAUCUUCCUCCCCACCUCGUCACGCCGCACGGGCCCGGCCCAAAUAUCUUCGCACUCGCCUUCGCCCCUCUCGCCACGAACCCUAACCCUAGCUCCCCACCGGCUCGCCGCCGCCCGCCUCUCAGUCGGCGCUGGUGGGUUGGGCGCGUCGUCGGUCCGCCCCCUCCGAGCAGGUAGCGCAGAUAGCUAGCGCAAAGGAAAUUUCUUCUGGAUAUAAGUGUGUGCUGUAAUGGAGGGGCGCGGGAACCCUCCACUUAACGCCACUGAAGCAGUAAUGAAGAGGCCAAGGAGUGUUGCAUCGAGGAAGCCGAGGCCCACCGAGCAGCUCGCGUCCGAGUACAAUGGCAUCCUGUGUGCGCAGUCGCGGAGCACUUCCCAUGAUGAUGAGCCUGGCAUUGAAGUCAGUGGGCAUCGGAGGAAGGAGCUAUACCUCAAUAGCCCUGAGAUGAAGGGCUCCACGCCUCACAGGAGUGACGUGUCCAAGAAAGUAAGGAGAGAGGAUAGAGCUGGAGGAGAUUACGAUGGCCAUAAUCGGAGCAGCAAGUCGAAGGAUGGUGCCAAGCGUGGUAGUGAUGGUGUUCUUGCACUGGAAUGCACAAGAGACUCUGGAUCCCCUGAUAACCCGCAGUUGGUCCCGAGAGAUGCCAAUGUGCCAGGUGAACAUAAGUUGAGAAAAGUAAAGCUCAAAGUUGGCGGCAUUACUCGAACCAUACAUACGAAAACCAUCCAAGAAGUGGCUGACGGUGGCACUCCUGUGACAUCAGAUGGUUCUUUUCACCGGCAUAAGCAAAAGGAUUCUGGUGGGCCCACAAACAAAGAAACCAAUGGUAAUCGUAUCGAAGGAAAACAUGGAGAUAGGCAUGAUAUUUCACCAUCUUCUGACCUUGUCCGCAAGAGCAAAAGGGUUCCUAAGAAGAGAACUCUUGAUGGCGAUUCUGAUGAUGAAGAUGGGGAAUUACGUUAUCUUGAAAAACUAAGAGGGGCUAAAGUUGCACCAGAGUAUCCUAUAACCACUGGUCAUGUAGCCUAUGAUGAUUCUCUUGACGAUGGUCUCAAGAUAAAGAAGCUAUCUAAAGUUUCUAAAAAUAAGAGCACCCCAUAUGAAGUGGAUGAGGACUUUAGAGUGUCACGAUCUAGCAGGGAUGGCAGGAAGAAGUUGAAAUUAGGGGAUAGCAAUGAGUUUAUUGAAGAGGAGGAACCUGAGAUGGAUGAAAAUAAUAGUUUUAAGGAAGUUGAUUCGCCUUCAGAUGUGAAGAUUGAAACUCCUGGUCUUACAACAAGACAACGAGCUCUUCAAGGCAGGGGUGGCAAUGGUGAAUGCCUGAUUGAAUUUCCUGAUGGCUUACCACCCGCUUCAUCAAGAAAGCAUAAAGAGAAGCUCUCAGAAGUGGAGAUACAAGCAAAAAAAGCAGAAGCCGCUCAGAGGCGUAAGAUGCAAGUUGAGAAGGCAGAGAAGGAACAACAGGCUGAAGCAAUGAGGAAAAUACUGGGUAUUGAUUCUGAGAAGAAAAAGGAAGAGAAGAAACAAAAAGAACGGGAAGAGAAGGAAAAGCAAGCAAGAUUAGAAGAGUACAGAAAAAAUUGCAUCCAAACUGUCAUGGGGCCAGAAGGAACUGUGGUUACAUUCCCUGAGAGUAUGGGGCUUCCAAGCAUAUUUAACUCCAAGCCUAUCAGCUAUCCACCUCCAAGGGAGAAAUGCGCAGGGCCAUCGUGCACAAGCCCAUACAAGUACCGAGACUCCAAGACGAAGCUUCCGCUCUGUAGCCUGAAAUGCUACAAGGCUGUUCAGGGAAGUGGUGGGAAGCAAACAUGACGUGAAUCUACCUGAUCUGAUGCAAGCGUGACCGUCAGUAGGCUGGUAAACUGUAUGUUGACAUGGCCAGCUAGCUGGUGUGUUGUUUUUGUGGUUCCUUGCUAGUCUAACAAUCAACCUGACAAUAAAUGGGGUGACUGCCGGUUUCCUUCUGCCUUCUGUGAACGCGUUAGGCGUCUUAAUGGUGGUUUUACCUUAUGGUCGAUGUAUCGGACUAGUGAGAAAGGGGAAAGUGUUUGUACAGCAAUCUUCUGCUUGUACGGCUUGUUACUCUGAUUUGGUCACGAGAUCGUUAGCUGUGGCUGUUAUUUGGUUGCUGGUGUGUACGCACCGCUUGUGAUGCGUGUGGUGACCGACCUGGGCCUGGGCGCGGGGUGUCUCCGGGUUCAAAUCGCUUGUAAGCUUGCGAUGUUGAUACAACACAUUGCAAGGGCAUGUGGUUUA